AUGCCCGAUCGCGAUACAAAAUUGCCUGACAUCAAGUGUACCUCUUCACACAAGCCUGACGUUGUCGGAGCGCAUGGAUACGAGUUCUUUGUAUACGGCACUGAUUUGGCGAAGAAGUAUGGGAAGGUUGCGUUGAAUGAUGAGGAAACGAAAGAAAUCUUGGCACUUGUUAAGGGUUCAUCUGAAUCCUCGCUGAAGGAUUUGCUGGCAAAGUUUGGGCACAGUGCUGUGAAGGAGGGGGAGAUUCAAGAUGAGUAG